AUGGAGGCCGUGGGCACGUCGACGGCGCCUACCGGCUUGGAUUACAAUAAUUCUGCUGGGUCUUCCACAUAUGACCCGUCGGUCGAGCCCACGAUCCGUGCUCUUCUCGAACAGCAACUCGAAAUCCAGGCCAAGCUUGCUGCCCUGCUUCCUAGAAAAUAUGGUCCCAACAUUCGCCUCGAGCUUCAAAUGUUGCGCCACAAGCGCCGCGCCCUGCUCUCGUACGCCGAAGAGAAUCAUCUCACCGGGGGAGUUCCGACUUUGUCCGAGAUUGAGGAGGCCAGGGUCCUGCAAUAUCAAUGCGAAUGUCUCGAAAGUGCAUGCAUAGACCAAGGCGUGGACAUUCAGAACCCCAAUUUUGUCGAGACGCUGAAGCGUACUCUUGAAGCCGAUGCUCCUGAGGGUUACUCGGCUUGGCUGGACAAGAAUCUGUCUUAUUAUGACCCAAUAGCCCGGCUCUGGAGGUUAAGGGACAGCAUGGCCCCGAGCCACAGCCUAGCGGACGGAUCACAACACUCCUAUAAGUGCCCCAAUGAGCGGUGCUUGCAUUACAUAUACGGCUUCCCGGCCCAGGACGAUCGAGACCAACACGCAAAAGAACAUAUUCCUCCGGUCAAAAGAGACUCGGCGCUGUCUGUAGGCGAAAACCUGUCCUUCUUCUCCGACCCAUCCCACCAACGACCAUCGCUAUCGUUCCAGGGGUUUCCGCCGAAGCAAGUUUCGCCUGCCUACUUGCCACCUCCAGGAAGCGCAACUGCGCUUCAACUUGCACCCAUUGGUGCUGAUUCGAGAAGCACUGCUGUGAGGGACCACAGAGAACCCACGCAGCCUUUCUCAGCUGCCCCUGAGUACUUUGGCCAAACCAGGCCGUCGGACGAGGCCGAGGUUGACCCUCUUCUUCCUCCACUCAAGAGGAGUCGCGUUGGGCCGUCACGGCUAGAGUCCAUAGAGGAGUUGAGACUGAACCGUGAAGUAGACCCCUGCUUGCGUUGUAGGGUUCUGCAAAUAGCAGCUAGUCCUGGUGACAAAGACUUCUGGAAGGCUCUUGGUUGUCUCAGAGGACCGUUGCCGUCAUUGGCCGAAAUCUUGCUUCCCCCAUCGCUUUCUCCAAGACGAAUGCAUACGCCCAUGGCCUCGCCGCUUGCACCGAGGGGGAACAUGAACGAAUUCCUGGAGCGAACCUAUGCGAUACCGCCAGAAAUUGAUAGGAUGGUGAGGUCCAACCUCGACUUCGAAGAUGGGUUCUGGUGGACAGAAGACCUCGCCAGCAUGAUGACCCCGAGCCCUCAUGCUGCUACUUUCAUAAGGGAACCUGUUGAGAGGGCACCGCCGAUACUGGCCGUGCUAGCUGGCAGCUGGAACAUGAGUGGGACCGCUUACAACUUCUGGCAGCUCUUGAAGAUGAGCGGGCUGAUAUCAGACUCGAGAGACGCCGAGGCACUAGAGUUCCCUGUAUUGUACCGCGCAAAGUUGCUCCUCCGCGAGGUUCUGCUGUAUGAUCUUCAGCAAGCAGAGCCGUCCAUACACGCCGAAGUCAUAAGCCCUCUGUCACAGCCGGCAUUCGAUGACGUUGAUUACUAUGGACGGUACAGACUAGUGCUCAGCUGCCUUUCACAGUCUCUACAGGCAUAUGAAGACGCGACGAUGCGAAAACGAGUACCAGAUCACAAGAGCUGGCUCGCCGUAUUUUUCUCCUUGUGCAUAAUAAGCAUGGUAAGGACGAUUUUGCUGGAUACGACAAAUGCAUUUGCUAGACAACUGCCCAGCCUGCCGCAAGGUGCGAGCCCUGGCACCACGCAAGGCUCGGCUUCAAUGCACGGCGCAUACAAGGCGCUGGUGACAAUUUUCACGCAUUCGACGCCCAUGGUCCUGGAUGACAUGGCGGCCGGCGCAAUCGACUUGGCCGAGGAGGACCACGAUAUCUUCAAUACCGUCAACCUGAUAAUCAGGCGCAACACGUGGGCAGAACUUGGGAUACAGUCAACAAGAGACUACUUGAUGCUUUUGGGGAGCAGCGAACACGAGGGUGCUUCUUAUCAUGGUUUCAUGCGGCAGAGGUCACCCAGCCGGACGGUAACUUUUGCCGCUCUUGCCUCUGUGAUGCAAACAGGGGAAGAGCAGCGGGCUCAGCCGCCUCGGAUGAGAUCGUUUGGCGAGGUGUGGACGCCAAGUGCCUCGAUAUUCCCUGACAAGGAUUCAAGGGAACCCUUCGGACCCAGGGGACCAGCGACGGGCGGGGGUGUCAUGUCGUCCCCUCGAGAGGGAGAUUCAGGCUAUGCCAGACGACAUACAAUCGGGCCAAGCAGUCCUACCUUCUCGCGAGCGAGCAGCAGUGGUGCCGGCAGAGGGUUGGCCUCUCCGAUUCCGGCGACUCGAAUGAAGCCAUCGUAUCAGCGACCGCCUCUGAGGAGGGUAUAUUGCUCCAAGUGCAACGAGUAUCCUGAAGGCUUCAGGGGUGAGCACGAACUUCGACGUCAUACCGAUGCCAAGCAUGCCGCUCUGGUCAAGAGAUGGGUUUGUACCGAACCCAUUAGCAACAAUACCAUGAUAUCACCACAACCCAUCGUCCCCUUAUCGAAGUGUAAGGCUUGCGUCACCCAGAAAAGAUAUGGCGCGUACUACAAUGCCGCCGCUCAUCUGCGUAGAGCACAUUUCAACCCCCAUCGUGGAGGAAAGGCAAGCGGAGACUGGCCCACCAUGGCCAUCCUGAAGGACUGGAUGCGUGAAGUCCGCCAAUCGGUUGAUGUACAGGAUCCGAUGGAUUCGUCGGAGGGCGAGGAGGAGGUUGACUACAAGCCUCCUACAGCCGAGUUUAGCUCUCCUCGCUCGACUAACCGCCGUUCACCAGUUCCUGACGUGCCUAGGCUCGCUCCGGCUCCAGCCCCAGCUCCAGCUCCGGCCCCAGCUACAGCUCCAGCAUCAGCCUCAACCUCGGCCUCAGCACAGGGACCCAUCCCAUCCAUAGGGACUGCAACUGCGCCGUCUGCACUGCACCCUCCUCCACCUCCACCGAUGUCGCAUACAGCACAGUCUCCGGGGUCUCACAUAGCGGCGGCCCAUCACCAGAGCCGUUCAGCCAUGAUGGUGACACCGGCAUUGGAAAUGCCGUGCAACAAUCCUGGGGGAAUGAUCUUCCAAACCAACAGCCCCGGCCCAAGUCCAGUUUCCAUGUAUAACCACCACACGUUACCGACCACCAGGCUUACAGACGAUUCGCAAGGGGGCCCGCAGGCGGCCAAUCGGAAUCGCUGCCCGCACCCAGAGUGUCGACGAGUUUUUAAAGAUCUUGCCGCUCACAUGCUCACACACAUGGAGGAACGACCGGAAAAAUGCCCCAUCGAAUCCUGCGAGUAUCACACCAAGGGUUUCGCACGUAAAUACGAUAAAAAUCGACAUGCGCUUACGCACUACAAGGGCACGAUGGUGUGCCCGUUUUGUGCGGGUGCAGGCACGGCGUACGAAAAGGCCUUCAACCGAGCCGAUGUCUUCAAGCGGCACCUCACGGCAGUGCACAAUGUGGAGCAGACACCGCCGAACAGCCGGAAGCUUGUCGUCAGUGUGACGAGAGACGUUGCGGUGACGGGUGCGAGGUGCUCAAUCUGUCAAAGCCACUUUGCUACCGCGCAGGAGUUUUACGAGCACCUGGAUGACUGCGUUCUUAACGUCAUCGUGCCUGCUACAACGCCUAAGAGCUCAGGCACGGUUGGCAGUGGCAGCGCGAACAGCGUCGGCAGCGCGACGGUGACCCAGCAGCAGCAACAGCAAAACGCCUCAGGUAGCCUGGUAAGGAAGGAUUCCGGACUAUCGACGGCGCCGAGCUCGGCCACUACUAUACCGCCCACCGGGGCAGGCAGGGAGGAGGUUGGGACAACAUCCGAUAAUAGGGGGGAUGCCUCAGGGCAAGCUGGUGGUGGCCGGUCUCCAGAGCAGAUCGAGCCUAGACUGGUCUCUGCGGGGUCAAUGGCCGAGAGGAUGGAAGUUGAUCCUUGA